ACCGAAGCUUACACGCGAAGAAAAGGACGAUAUUUUAAAUGUCCCAUAAAAUGAAGUAAAAGAAAUAUCAAAAGAAUUUUUAUUAUUAAAGCGAUUUGAACAUAAAUUAUAAAGUUGCAGGGCGCGUUCAGUGUGCGUGACGGCUGCUCGGUAUAUGUAUUGAUGGCCGAUCAGUAGAUUCGGGUAAUUUAACAGCGAGGCCGUUUGAAUUGAGAUAUCAUGUCCGCCUUUGAUUAAUACCGCUAGUUACAUCUUAUUUCCGAAAAGGAAACGAAUAGUUAGAAGAAAACGAGGCUACGUGUCUCCUUCAUGGGCUUUAUUUCGCCGCAGUAGACGGUUAGUUCGCUUCUUCCGCGAUAAUAGUGGUAGAGUGUAGCUGGACUGGAGAAAAACAUCUGCCCCUUCAUGAUAAAUCAUUAAUUUAACUGUCUUGAUUCGAUUUUCCGACGAAUUUCUGCAAAAGACGUCGUUAAUUAUUCAUACAAAACGGUUUGGAGAUAUAAGUGUUUAAUCUAAGACUAGGAUGUACCAAUUAUGGCUAAAAUGAUUGCGGCGUUUUGAUUGGUUGUGACGUGUGAAGCAGGUGACGUGAACAUGACGGCACGCGCGUUGUUACGGUAGCCUGGAGUCCGAUAUACCACGUGACCGAGGCAUACGAUAAGCUAAAGCCUGAUAUACCGUGACCAAUUGCAGGCGACAGGCCAAAGAAAAACCAAACUGGCAACAUUACCGCAGACUGAGAGAGCAGGAGAGAAGAAAAAGUUCUAUACGAUAUUUCACAUGUGCUAGUGGAGACAAUGCCACACACAGGUCAGACAGGGGUCAACCAACUUGGGGGUGUAUUUGUCAAUGGCAGACCACUUCCAGAACACGUCAGGCGCCGAAUCGUCGAGCUUGCGCACAUGGGAGUCAGGCCGUGUGACAUUUCCCGCCAACUUUUGGUUUCUCAUGGCUGUGUCAGCAAAAUUCUGACGAGAUACUACGAGACUGGAUCCAUCAAACCGGGGUCGAUAGGCGGAAGUAAACCAAAGCAAGUCGCCACGCCCUACAUCAUCAAGCGUAUAUUGGACAUCAAACGUCAACAUCCGGGAAGUUUUGCGUGGGAAAUCCGUGAUCAGCUCCUGACGCUUGGAAUCUGUGACGAGCAGACCAUUCCCAGCGUUAGUUCCAUAAAUAGAAUCCUCAGAAAUUCCGGAACUUUCUCCCUUGGAUAUCAUGCGGAUGACAUCUUGGGAUACCAGUCCAUCUAUGGUCGCUACCAAGGAGUUCCGGGUAUGUUGGCGACAUCUUGUGCAGAGACAAAUAGCUUAUCAUUGGCUGUUCCGGGUCUAUCAUAUCCCAGACUGGUGGAACAAAUCAAUGAUGACGGCAAAGGAUCCAAGGAAACCGAAACUGAUGACGAGAAUGUGACAGCAGCAACAUCAAAAGAGAAGGAAUCAAAGGACAACAAAGGUGAAGACGAAUUUAAGAUCGAGGAGAGAUUCCCCAGCCUUCUGGGGAAAGUGAAGACUGCGCAUGCUCUGAAUAAAUCAGGCAGAGGCAGCAAUGCGAGGGAUUUUCUGGAUAACAUCUCCGAUGAAGAUACGCCAUGUAAAAGAGAUCAGUCGGUUGUGAAGGAAAGAUCCAAGGAAAAGUUUGAGGACAGUCCAAGAGUUGAUAUGGAUAUUCUCAAAAACAAAACUCUCCAAGAUACUUACUUCUCAAAAUGUUUAACAUCCAUGAGCUCUAAAGCUGUGAGGGAACCAUCACCGAGCGGUACACUUUACCAUCCAUACGCGAGAUACAGCACAUCGUCACGUGGUCAUGACAUAACUCCUUACGUCAUCCCAAGAUUGUGUAUGUUCCCAGAAAGAUUUUCUCCCUAUGCACAUUCGCUUUUUUCUCCUGCGGAUUCUAGACACUCGUCCCUCAGUCGAAGUAUUGAGCCGCAUUUGUUUAAGCAUAGCUCGCUAAAGUAGUGUAUGAUACAUAGUUCAUGUGAUGAAAUUUGUGUCAAAAGUUGUCAAAUAAACCUGUUCUGUGUCAAAUAGAUUUUGGAAAAUAAAAUGGAAAAUAAG